AUGUCGAUGAGUUCACAAGAUUUUGUCGUGCCUUCCGAGGAGAUUAUGACCUCUAUUGUCCUUCCGACGAUUCUAUUUUGCAUCGGCAUGGUAGUUGCCAUGCUCGUCGGAAUAAAUAAAUGCAAACAGUGGGAAUUCGAUAAAGUCGUCGAGAUGCGUAGAACAAGACGAGUGGUUCAGCGAAUUACAGAACGUUUGCGCGAGAAGAACUUUAAUACUAUCCAGAGGGCACGAGAUGCGCGAAGGGCGAGAAAAUUGGCGGCCCAGGCUCUGAAGAACCAAGCAGCCGUCGCGCCUCAACCUAAUGAUAAAGUUAAACCUAAGACGACUGCCCCACCCCUCUAUUCUGAAGGUGAUGCUCAAAAUUGCGGCACUUCACCACCUCCCUCAUACGAGGAUGCUCUCUUAGACGAAUUUUAUCAAGAGUGCCUACCGGAACACUCUCGACCAACAUGCAGCAGACGAGAUUCGACCCAUUCUCGCGCCUCCAGACGAUCUGCAAAUUCACAAAAUAGUCGAGCUCGCCAGCGUCGGCGUUCCAAUUACAUCCCCACAGAAUUUGUGGUA